AUUUAUCCCUGCCUCCUCCCACCCAUCUCGACGAGCUGCUCUCUCACCGUCAGUCGUCGAAUAACCACAUGCCCCCGUCACUCUGCAGCUCAACUCAAGACCUUCUUUAUACUCUCACCACGACCAGCAUUUGACGGUGACAGCCGAACAUCAAGACCAUCUUCGUCCUAUCUUUUCUUUAUUUGCAGGAUCAUUGGCACCAUUUCUUCCUGACAAAUCCGCCAAGGGCUGUUUAAUUUAGAGAGGAAACUGGUACAAAAAUGCCUUCUCUUCAAACCGCUCUGCCUCCUGAGCUGGCCAACAAUGUCAUUAGGCUUUAUCGUGAAUGCCUACGAAGAGCUAAAUAUAUUGGUCACAGGCAACAUAACACAGAACUUCUCGUCACUAUGGUGAGGCAGCAGUUUAAGCAACACAUGCAUGAGACGGAUCCUGAGAAAAUUCAAAGUCUAAAGGACAAUGCUGCAAGAGGACUUAUAAACCAUAUACUGUACGAGGCAGAGACAAUGUCUGGUAAAAAAUUCAGUCAGAGCCCUAAAGCCACUUAGUCUGCUUCGACCAAUACAGGUUGCUCAUCAAUUCACACGAGUGUAGAUCAACACAUUAUGAUCGAAUAAGAUAGUUAAGGAAGUGCAGUGGUUUCUUAUUUCUCGUUCAUGUUCAAGAGCACUGAAGAUGUUUUUAGUUAACUUCCAAGCGAUUCAGUGUCGAAAUCAAUCCUAGGUUUUUGCUAUUUGGCUAAUACUGAAUAUAGAACCUUACCUUCCUGAGGGUUGUUUAUUUGGAGGAAACUCAGUUUCGGUUUUUAUAUUUUGUUCUCAGCUGUUUCAAUAUCAAAAUGAUAUGUUAGGUGCCGUAAGCUUAUAAUUUU